AUGUCUGCAAGCCCUGAGCUGAAAGCCACGGCUACUACGCCUCCCAUUGAAACCGAGGUCGAGACCGAGCAGAACGCCGAAGAGACAGUGCAGCCGCCAACCCCAGGCGCAGGCGGCGAUGAUGCGGAUGCGGAUGACAACGACGCCAAACCGGCCGUCGACAACGACAACGAGAACGAGAACACAAACGAGAACGAUGAACUCGAGAACAACCUCGGCGACUCGGACGAUGAGUCGAUUCUCUCAGAAGUAGACGAGGCGCAGUUCGAGGACUUCGAUCCGGAGAAUGUGGAUAUUGAAGAUCGCCCGCAGCUAGAUAUUGACGAGGAGAACCUGAAGCUUAUUGGGCGGCAUAAGAGGAAGAGGACGGAAGAGGAGGGCGCGUCGAGAAGGAAGAAAGAAGGCAGGCGGAAGAAGAGCCGACGGUAUGCGGAGGAGGAUGAAGGUGGGAGUGAUCAGGAGGCUGGUGGGAGGCGGAGAAAGUCUAAGAAAGCGGCCAUUGAAGAGGAUGAGGAGACGCUUGAUCCUGCUACCCGUCGGCGGAGAGCGCUUGAUCGCGCUAUGGACGAGGCGAUGAAGAAGCCUACCAAGAGAAGGGCUAGGAAGCAGGAUGGCAUUGACUUGGAACAAAUGGCAGAUGCUGAGAUCGAGGAUAUGCGCAAGCGCAUGACACACGCAGCACAGAUGGAUGCCAUCAAUCGUCGCGAAGGCAAACCGGCCAUGCACAAGCUCAAGAUGCUUCCUGAAGUCGUCUCGCUGCUCAACCGCAACCAAUACGUCAACAGUUUAGUCGAUCCUGAGAUCAACCUGCUAGAGGCAGUGAAGUUCUUCCUCGAACCGCUGGACGAUGGAUCCCUCCCCGCCUACAACAUCCAGCGCGAUCUGAUGACCGCCCUGGGCAAGCUCCCGAUUAAUAAAGAAACUUUGAUCGCCAGUGGCGUUGGCAAGGUAGUGGUGUUCUACACGCGGAGCAAACGUCCAGAGCCGGGUAUUAAGCGCAUGGCCGAGCGACUGCUAGCUGAGUGGACGCGACCAAUUCUCCAGCGCAGCGACGACUACUCCAAGCGAGUGUACCAAGAAGCCGAAUUCGAUCCUACUAAAAUCACUUCGCGCGUCAAGUCGGUCCAAGAUAGCGCUGCUGAAGCGCGCGCACGCGAGCUCCUUCCCCCGCGCCUGGCGAACCGUGCGCGUGCCGAGAUCUCACAUACCAGCUACACCGUCGUUCCACGACCUACGAUGGUGCAAGAGAGCAAGUUCGCGCGACCGCUGGGAGCGAGCGGUGAAGAUCGAUUCCGGAAGAUGCGCGCGCGACAGAUUGCUGCGACGAAGGGGCAGGGCUCGCGGCGGUAG